CCGGAUCAGAAUGGGGGAAUGCCGGAGGGGAGUGACGGUGGCCACGCGGACCACGAGGGCGGCUGUCCUGCUGCUUUGGGUGACCAGCUCUGUGUGCGCAGUUGAAGAGACGGUGAUGGACACGAGGACAGCCACAGCGGAGCUCGGCUGGAUCUCGUUCCCUGCCAAUGGGUGGGAGGAGGUGAGCGGAUAUGAUGAGAAUCUCAACACUAUUAGGACGUACCAAGUCUGCAAUGUCUUUGAACCCAGCCAAAACAACUGGCUGCUCACGACCUACAUCGAUCGAAGGGCAGCCCAGAGGAUCUACGUGGAGAUUCGGUUUACAGUACGGGACUGUGCUUCCAUACCCAGUGUGCUUGGGUCUUGCAAGGAGACUUUUAACCUGUACUACCUGGAGACGGACCGGACAGUGACCGAAGGUGUCAAAGGGGUGGAGUACUGGGCCAAUGCACCGUUCCUCAAGGUGGACACCAUAGCAGCAGAUGAGAGCUUCUCCCAGGUGGAUUUUGGGGGCAGAUUGAUGAAGGUCAACACAGAGGUCAGAAGUUUUGGCCCCCUCUCCAAAGGCAAAGGCUUCCACUUGGCCUUCCAGGACCUGGGAGCCUGCAUGUCACUGCUGGCGGUGCGAGUCUUCUAUAAGAAAUGCCCCAGUGUGGUGCAGAACUUUGCUUAUUUCCCAGAGACUCUCACCGGAGCUGAGUCCACCUCGUUAGUCAUCGCCAGAGGAAGUUGUAUCCCCAACGCAGAGGAAGUGGACGUGCCCAUAAAGCUGUACUGUAAUGGAGAUGGAGAGUGGAUGGUCCCCAUUGGCAGCUGCAGCUGUAAGGCGGGAUACGAGCCAGACAAUGGAAACCUGUGUCGAGCUUGUCCUCAGGGCACCUUUAAGUCGACUCAGGGGGCAGGGCUGUGCCAGCAGUGCCCACUCUACAGCCGCUCCACCAUCGAGGCAGCCACUCUGUGCGGCUGUCGCAACGGCUACUACCGGGGAGACAUGGACCAGCCAGAGGACACCUGCACUAGUGUACCGUCUGCUCCUCGAAACCUGGUGUCCAUAGUGAACCAGACAUCGGUGGUCUUGGAGUGGCACCCCCCUCGGGACACAGGGCACAGAGAGGACCUGUCUUACAACGUGAUCUGUAGAAGAUGCCACAGUCCGGAGAGGAGAGCCUGCCAGCCGUGUGAUGACAGCGUGGGGUUUGUGCCAGGGAAGAGAGGCCUGAAGGAUACUCGAGUGGAGAUAAGCAAACUGAGGGCGCACACGUCCUAUACUUUUGAUGUGCAGGCUGUCAACGGCGUCUCCAACAAGAGCCCUUAUCCCGCCCAACAACUGUCAAUCAACAUUACGACCAAUCAGGCGGCCCCUUCGGUCGUUCCCAUCAUGCACCAGGUUAGUUCGACCAGCCGCAGCUUCUCGUUGUCAUGGCCACCACCCGAACAGCCCAACGGCAUCAUCCUGGACUACGAGAUUCGCUACUAUGACAAGUUGCAGUCUUCGGUGCUGAACAGUUCGGUGAUGCAGAGCGAGACGACCAGCGUGGUCCUGGAGGGGCUGAGGCCUGGGACCGGGUACGUGGUCCAGGUCAGAGCACGCACCGUGGCUGGGUAUGGAUCCUACAGCAAAGAGAUGCUCUUCCAGACCCUGACAGACGAUGAGUACAAGUCUGAGUUGGGGCAGCAGCUCUCCCUCAUCGCGGGCUCUCUGGUUGGAGGAGUUUGCAUCGUGUCGCUGGUCGCUAUAGCAAUCAUCUGUUCCAGGAGGAGACAGAAAGAGAGUGUAUAUGGGGACAAGCUGCAGCAGUACAACACUGGAGGAGAAGUGACUUUGAGGCCGGACAUGUUUAACGGCCCCACUCCCACUGUCACCUUCCCGACCUUAUCUGAGGGUCAUAGUUCACCAGGCGUCAAGAUUUACAUCGACCCUUUCACCUACGAGGACCCCAACGAGGCUGUGCGUGAGUUCGCCAAAGAGAUCGACCCGUCCUGCGUCAAAAUAGAAGAGGUCAUUGGAUCAGGUGAAUUUGGGGAAGUGUACAAAGGGAGACUGAAGCCUGUGGGGAAAAAGGAGAUCCCUGUGGCCAUUAAAACGUUAAAGGUUGGAUACUCGGAGAGGCAGAGGCGCGACUUCCUGUCUGAGGCGUCAAUCAUGGGCCAGUUCGACCAACCCAACAUCAUCAGGCUGGAGGGCGUGGUCACCAAGAGCAGGCCGACCAUGAUCAUCACAGAGUUUAUGGAGAAUGGGGCUUUGGAUUCUUUUCUCAGGCAGAAUGAUGGGCAGUUCCCAGUGAUCCAGCUGGUUGGUAUGCUGAGGGGCAUCGCUUCUGGGAUGAGGUACCUGGCAGAGAUGAGCUACGUUCACCGUGACCUAGCUGCUCGUAACAUCCUCGUCAACAGUAACUUGGUGUGUAAAGUGUCUGAUUUCGGUUUAUCUCGCUAUCUGGAAGAAGACACCUCGGACCCCACCUAUACGAGCUCGCUGGGUGGUAAAAUCCCCGUGAGGUGGACAGCUCCGGAGGCCAUCGCGUACAGGAAGUUUACCUCAGCUUCAGACGUGUGGAGCUACGGCAUCGUCACGUGGGAAGUCAUGUCCUAUGGAGAGAGGCCCUACUGGGACAUGAGUAACCAGGAUGUGAUAAAUGCCAUAGAGCAAGACUUCCGGCUGCCCGCGCCCAUGGACUGCCCCGUGGUGCUGCACCAGCUGAUGCUCGACUGCUGGCAGAAGGACAGGAACGCUCGGCCAAAGUUCCCCGAUAUCGUCAGCAUGUUGGACAAGAUGAUCCGCAACCCCGCCUCUCUCAAAACAGGCAUCAACAACAUCCCCCCAGGCCCAUGCAUCCACCCCUUACUGGACCGUGGACCAGACCUGAGCCGGGUGAGCUCUGUGGAGGACUGGCUGGCGGCGCUGAAGAUGACCCAGUAUCGAGACUCUUUCCUGGGCUCAGGCUUCACCUCCCUGCCGCUUGUUACUCAGAUCACGGCAGAGGAUCUGCAGAGGAUUGGCGUGCUGCUUGCCGGACACCAGAAGAAAAUCCUGACCAGUGUACAGUCCAUGAGGCCGAACCAGGAUGACCAAUCUCCCACCGAGUCCGUCUGAGCACCCAAGGGAGACAAACUUUGACAAACUUUACACCCAUAGAAUUGAAAUCUACAACCAUUUCCAGAGUCUAAUACAAUCACUGUGGCCAUUCAUUGUACGGUCACGUCACCACAGCAUCGUAUAUCUGUCAAUUUGUUUUUAAAAUGAAUCUGAAG